CUCAAUUUUGCGGCCACUCAACGAAGAAGAAGAAAAGGAAACACUCAAUGAUCAAAACUGAAUAAAUGAAACGAGAGAGACAACAGUUCCAUCUCCAUGAUUAUGAACAGAGAAAAAAGGUUUCUUCUUAAUAAAAGCAACAAAGAAAAAGUCGAACUUUUGGUUUAGUUAGCCGCUCUCUAAAGAAAUGAAAAGUAAAGAAGAAGAAGAAGAAGAAGAAGAGGAAGAUGAUGGAGGAGAAGGGCAAAAAGGGAAGAGAUUUAUAGAAAAGUUAAGGAGAAGAGCUGUUUUUGUAGGCCAUAGAAGUGUCUUUCGCCGACCUUCCACUCCUGUGCAUAUUAGCUUCAACCCUAAUAAGAACCCUUCUUCUGCCUCCUCUAGAAAGCUUGCUGCUUCUCUCUGGGAAUUUUAUCAGUAUUACGACAACGACCACCUGAUUCAUCCUCCUGCUGCUACUAAAAUGCACAGAGCUCCCUUAGGUUCUGCUGGUCCUAGUAACAGCCGUCGUCUCCGUCACGGCCAUGGAAAGGCGGCGGUUGCAGACAAUAAUGGUAUUGAGCUCACUGAUCACCAGCCAGAGAGUGCGGGAAGUAUAAGGAGACAGAUCGGGCAAAUGCUGAUGAAGCAUCAUCAUUUAACUGAAAGAAAUGACCAUGCUUUGCAGCCGGUAUCUCCUACAAGCUACGAUAGCUCAUUGGAGUUCCGUGGAAGAAGACGAGCUGGUGAGCCUAACAACAAUAUCAAGACAUCAACCGAACUUCUUAAAGUGCUGAACCGAAUCUGGAUCCUCGAGGAGCAGCAUUCCGCUAAUAUCUCCUUAAUAAAAUCUUUGAAAACCGAGCUUGCUCACUCACGUGCCCGGAUCAAAGACCUUCUUAGAUGCAAGCAAGCCGAUAAACGCGAUAUGGAUGAUUUUGUGAAGCAACUCGCGGAAGAAAAGCUGUCGAAAGGUACGAAGGAACACGAUCGGUUAAGCUCUGCUGUUCAAUCGCUAGAAGAUGAGCGGAAACUAAGGAAACGUUCUGAGAGUCUGUAUAGGAAAUUGGCACAAGAGCUCUCGGAAGUGAAGUCAACGUUGUCUAACUGCGUUAAGGAGAUGGAGAGAGGGACUGAGUCAAAGAAAAUUCUGGAGAGAUUAUGUGAUGAGUUUGCAAAAGGGAUCAAGAGUUACGAAAGGGAGAUUCAUGGUUUAAAGCAGAAGUUGGAUAAGAACUGGAAAGGUUGGGAUGAACAAGAUCAUAUGAUUCUUUGUAUUGCGGAAUCAUGGCUUGAUGAAAGGAUUCAGAGUGGCAACGGAUCGGCUUUGGAGAAGCUCGAGUUUGAGAUAGAAACAUUUCUUAAGACUAAUCAGAACGCAGACUCUAAUGAAAUAGCGAGAAAUCGCCGUACUUCACUUGAGUCGGUUCCAUUUAACGCCAUGAGCGCCCCGAUUUGGGAAGUAGACCGUGAGGAGGAGGAAGAUUCUGGCGGAAGCGGUUCGAAUUGUUUUGAGCUCAAGAAACAUGGGAGUGAUGUUGCAAAGCCACCACGUGGCGAUGAAACUGAAAAACCGGAACUAAUAAAAGUUGGUGUUAGUGAAAGACCACAAAGACGGAGUCAAAGCCCGUCGAGUUUACAAGUGAAGUUCGAGGAUCAAAUGGCGUGGGCGAUGUCUUCUAAUGAGAAAAAGAAAACUAGAGCCAAUGAAAUGGAGCCUGAAACUGAGAAGUGUGGUAAAGAAACGAACAAUGUGGUUGGAGAAAUGAUCAGAACUCAUCGGAGGUUAUCGUCGGAAACUCGGGAGAUCGAUGAAGCUUCUUGCAGUUACCCAUCAAGGAGACGAGAGAGCCCGAUUCGUCAAUGGAAUACACGAACCGUAACACCUGAUCUUGGUGCGCCACGAGGAGUAAAGGAUAACACUUUGAAGACUAAACUAAGCGAAGCGAGAACAACGAGUUCAAGGCCACGGGUUAGGCUAUUCAAGGAUUGAGUUUCUGAUGUAAUCUGUAUCGUAAGAGCCAUUUUUGGCGGAAAUGGUCGGACUCGAAGAUGGAACAAGCUGAGAUUGUUCCAUUUGUGUAUAUGUUCAUCUGUAGAGCUUAUAUUGUAACUAGUGUAUAAUGUAUAUCUGUUUUAUAUUGAUUUGAUCAUCUGUG